AUGCAAUCUGUUCAGUAUAGUUACGAGGAUUUCGCCGAGAUGCCCAGCUCCUUGUUCCGCUUGAUGGGCUACGACAUGCUGGAAACCACCAGGACGCGCCUUCAAAGGAUAAUGAUGCAACUCUAUCGAGUUCUUUGCCUCGGCAGUCACUGUGUCUGCUUGGGAUUCAUGUUUUUCCGGCUGUUUGAGAUGAAAACUAUCGACAGCGUUUCCUUGGUUAUGCGCUACGCCACUUUGGUAACGUAUGUAGUUAACUCGGACACAAAAUACGGAACCGUUCUGCAGAGAGCUGCCAUCCAGAGUCUAAACAACAAGUUGGCCGACCUGUAUCCAAAGACCACACUGGAUAGGAUCUAUUACCGCGUCAAUGAUCACUUCUGGUCACGAACCUUGUUGUACCUCAUCAGGUUCUACGUAGGAUCUUCUAUUAUGGUAGUCGUUGGUCCGAUGCUUACAUCCAUUUGGGUUUACUUUUUUCAUGAAAAAUUUACCUAUAUGCAUUGCUAUCCCUACUUUAUAUUCAAUCCCGAGAAACAUUCAGUAUGGAUCUACGUUGGCAUCUAUGCUCUAGAGUGGCUGCACAGCACCCAGAUGGUUAUAUCCAAUAUCGCCACAGAUAUGUGGCUGAUUUACUUUCAAGUGCAGAUAUGCAUGCACCUUAGGGCCAUGAUAAAAUCCAUAGAGGACUACCAGCCUAGAUGGGAAAACGAUGUCGCUGAUCGUCACUUUUUGUCGAAGAUAGUGGACAAGCACCACUAUCUGGUGAACCUACAAACAGACCUGAAUUCAAUAUUUGGUAGCUCCCUACUCCUAAGCCUUCUCAGCACAGCCUCGGUUCUCUGUACGGUUUCGGUAUACACUCUGAUACAAGGACUUAACUUGGAGGGCGUUACCUAUGUGAUUUUUAUUGGCACCUCUGUGGUCCAGAUGUACCUGGUUUGUUAUCAUGGACAGCAGGUUCUCGACUUGAGCGCAUAUAUAAGCCACGCUGUUUACAACCACAAUUUCCACAACGCAUCCUUGUCCUAUAAGAAAUUCCUUCUUAUAAUCAUUAUUCGAUCCCAAAAACCGGUGGAGUUGAACGCCAUGGGUUACUUGCCUAUCUCGCUGGACACUUUUAAGCAGCUGAUGAGCGUUAUUUAUCGAGCCAUCACCAUGUUGCGACAGAUGAUUCAGUAG